ACCCAAUACGAUACCAUAAUCAUCGGCUCCGGCCAAGGCGGCACCCCUCUCGCUCGAGCCCUCGCGCUCGCGAACCAUAAAACGGCCCUCAUUGAGCGGGAGCAUGUCGGCGGAUGCUGUGUGAAUGAUGGCUGCACGCCGACCAAGACGAUGAUCGCGUCCGGGAGGGUCGCGUAUCUUGCUGGGAGGGGUGGGGAACAACGGAAGAGGGAUAUUGUGGAUUCGUUCCGAACGGGGGGUGAAAAGAGGCUUCGGGAUGCCGGGGUGGAUGUGAUUAUGGGGGAGGCGAGCUUUGUGGAUGCGAAGACAAUGGUGAUUAUGGAUGGGAGGAAUGGAAAUGAGAGAGUUGUGAGGGGGGACAGGAUUGUUAUAAAUACGGGUUGUCGGCCUGGGAAGGUCAUACUUGAUGGAUUGGAGAGGGUUCCGAAUGAAAGGGUGUUGGAUUCUACGUCUAUUAUGGAGCUGGGGGAGGUGCCACGGCAUUUGGUGGUUGUUGGAGGUGGGUAUAUUGGGGUUGAGUUUGGGCAGUUGUUCAGGAGGCUUGGGGCUAGGGUUACGGUUUUGCAGAGGGGAAAACAGUUGCUUCCUAGGGAGGAUAAGGAGUUGGCGGAUAUGUUGUUGGAGAUAUUCCGGGACGAUGGGAUUAAAGUCAUGUUGGAGACCACGCCGGUUGAAAUUGAGAAUGCCUCAGAGGAUGUGUUUAAUGUCGCAGUUGAGACGAGACAGGGGAGGGAGGCUGUCAAAGGGGCUACGCACAUUCUCUUUGCAAGUGGAAGGGUGCCGAAUACCGAGCGUUUAAACGCUGCUGCCGCGGGCGUGAAGAUGGAUAAGAGAGGCUAUGUCAUCACAAAUGAGUUCUUGGAGACUUCUUCGCCAUCAAUCUACGCCAUGGGAGACGUCAAAGGUCCGCCGUCGUUUACACAUAUCUCAUACGAUGAUUUCCGAGUACUCAGGCCUACAUUGUUGGGGUCCACAUCUGCAGAUGAGCGGCUCUCGAUUAGAGAUCGAAUCGUGCCGUAUGUCGCCUAUACAGACCCUCAGUUCGGUCAUGUCGGGCUGCAUGAGCAUGAAGCAAGGGAAAGAUUCCCGGGUCGGAAGAUCCUGACUGCGCAGAUGCCAAUGAGCUAUGUGGCUAGGGCGUUGGAAACGGAAGAGACGAGAGGUGCCAUGAAGGCUGUGGUUGACGGGGAGACUGGACAGAUCUUGGGCUUUACAUGUUUAGGCGUUGAGGGCGGCGAAAUAAUGAGUAUUGUGCAGACUGCCAUGAUGGGAAAUCUGCAUUAUCAGAAGUUGCAAGAUGCUGUGUUCGCCCAUCCAACUUUUGCGGAAAGCUUGAAUAAUCUUUGGGGUUUUCUGAAAUGA